CAGAUCGUGAAUCAAGCCUGCCUCUUCCCCUUCUUCCUCUUCCUCCUCUUCCUCCUCUUCCUUGUCAAGCCAGAAUGAAAUCCACUACUGCCUCCGUGGUUGUGGUUCUGCUGAUGGUCAUCAAUAACCCUUCGGUGCAAGGUAUUCUAGAGACCAAUGAUGCCAACCAGAAGUGCAAGUGCCUCAGGAUGUCUGAAGGAGUCCCUUUACACUCGAUUAAAACAAUAUUUAUUUCACCACCUAGUGGAGGUUGCCGAAAUACAGAAUUCAUAGUCACAUUGAAAUCUGGGGGGAAAAUAUGUGUGGAUCCAAAAUGCAAAUGGUUGAACCUUGUCUUAAGAAAUUUAAGAAGAAACAAGGCUACCACACCAAAUGUGAAUAUUCAGAAACAACACCGGGAUUCCACAUAAGAUCAUCUGGGCUUGUCUUCCUUCCUGUUGUGAAUCUUCAUUUCUUUUAUUAAUUGCUUUUGUUUCCAUGAAAUGUUUUUG